AUGGCACGUUCCAUUGUCACCUCUUAUCAUGAUGACCCUUCUUCGAAUACCACGCGACUGCGCUUCGCAAUUCCUACAGCUAGGACAGCUAGCCCCUCAACUUCGUCCCCUAAGCAAAACAAGAUUCCCCCCUUCGUACCAACCAUCACCAAUAUGACCAAGCCUCAUCGAGAAUCUAACAAUGCACCAAUAACCACGACCAAUAACAUCCUUGACUAUUUAUUGUACCUGUCGAUUGAUGCAAAAAUCGAACAGGCCAAGGAUGAUUUACAAAAUUUAACACCAAAGGUCACCUAUUACCGAAAAAAGUGUCAAGGAGUGGAAGUAAUCGUCGAAGGUCUGCUUCAAUCACAUCGAACUCAAGCGACAUCAUUGAUACUUCCUGCACCUCUUAAACAUCGAUUGUACUUGUGUCAGUUGCUACAUCUGGUCUAUGAUCGAUCCAAAAUAAUAUCACCGCCGCUGAAAUCAACACGUACCAUACAUCCUGAUUCAACGAGUACCACACGAUAUAAUCCCGCUCCCACCUCGCAAUUCAUCACACCUCCAACAAAUAGACGAGACCAUAAAUUACCAUUGAAUUUGGAGAAAUACGAGAAAUACUUCAAGAACCCUCUGCUGUCUCGAUGCCGAAGGCACAGAUUAAACGUCUGUGACAUGUGCAAUCAACGUCCUGAUCAAUCCCCGCAUUCGCUUAAGAGCACUCCUUCGACGCGCAAGACUGCACCAGGAUUGAUAGACGCAGUCCCGGUUUUUAUAAACAGCAUUGCGAUCGCGUACAGAUUAGCGCAUGAGAAAUUGGAAUUUGAAAAAAACGAUCCGAUCCUGGUAAAAUCGACGUGGUAUGAUCUACUGCUGGACUUGUUGACUCAGUCCGCGAUUGAGUGUUACUUUUGUGAUUCAUACAGUUCCAUCGAUGCUUUGCUGGAAAUAUUUUCUUAUGGUGACAUUGAUCCAUCUGACUAUCACUCUGACAACUCGGAAAGCGAGGAUGACGAGGAUCCUCAUUUUGCUGCCAAUCGGGCCGAUGAUUAUUUAUUAUGGCAGCGUACGACAGUUUUGGACGAAUUUCGAAGCAAAAAGAAGGAUAGGAUGGAAGAAUUUUUAAAUGUCCAAGGGAAGCUUGAGCAACACUUUGCAAAUCUUGCCAUGAAAUAUCCUGUAUGCAAUUUGGAAGCGGAGAUGCUAGCCUAUUGCACCAAUGUCCUAAGCUUUGUAGACGCACCAGCAUUGGUGAAGUUGCACACCAAUGAUGAGUUGUUCAAUGUUUCAGGAAGAUACGGUGAUGGAAUCGACAUACCAAUGAGUGAAGACGAGUUUGACGGCUCAUACGAGCGCAAUUCCGAUUCGCGAAACGUAAGCACAAAUGAAAAAAUCCAAGAAAAUUUGGUCGCAGAAAAUGAGGGCACAAAAAAACGACAUUCCCUCGAGAUCGAUCAAAUCUCGCUGAAUAAGAAACAAAAAAGUUGA